AUGAACCCGUUAGAGGAAGCGUCGGAGCAGAGGCACCAAGCCUAUCUAGAGAAAAAGCGCGACACCUACCAUACAAUGAAGCGUGACUUUCCAGCGCGCUGGCGUGCGAUGGCAGCCAAGAAUGGCGCGGCCAACAAGAGGCGGUAUCGGCACCUGAAGGAGAACAACCCAGAAGAGCACGCAGCGCUUAGGCGCAAAUACGCUGAAACCUCCGAAACAGAGGAACAGACGGGGGAUCCCGAAUGCCGUCCCUCUCGAUUUAGAAUCUUCGAGGCGGGCUAUAACGCUCAGAAUCUACCGAAAAGCCUGGUCGUCAAGACCAUUCUGCCUGGCGUGGAUCGCCAUCACACCCUCACCGAUACACUCAAUAUCAACGGCAGCCAAAUCAACCUUAUUGGAAAGAGUGCGGACAAUCUCCUCAACCCUUACGACAUAAAGACGAAUCACAGCGACGUCGUUGCAGAAAUCCGAAGCCGGAUAGUCGCCGAUAAACGAAGGAUCGGCGCCGAUACGGUCCGCCGCAGCCUAUACGGUGGCCGCAGUCUACACCCUACCAGAAUGCGCUGCAGGCUACAGAAUAACGGACUUAACUGGAACGUCGUCGUAAGGCGAAUUAGCAAGGCCGGUACUAACUACUACAACCUCCGCUACAACCUCGCCCUCCGAUUCGUCGAAGGGGGCUAUAGCCUCCAACGCCUUUAA